GCAAAGGAAGAAGACUUGGAUCCUGUCCUUGUCCGACAGGAUGAAGAAAUGCUCGUGGUGAAGCUGAUGGAUGCAGGGAAGACGAGGCAUUUGAUGCAAAAGAAGAAGAAGGAGGCUGCCAAGAAGUCCGAGACCUCAGUCCUCAAGGAGGUUAGGCUUGGACUGAACAUCGGUCAGCAUGAUCUGGAUUUCAAGAUGAAACAGGCUAAGGAGUUCCUUGCCAAGAACAACAAAGUGAAGCUUUACAUCCAACUCCGAGGAGCAGACUUCUACAGGUCUCAAAACAAAGCUGCAGCCCUUCUCAAAGAAAUCAGCACACAAGUGAAGGAAGUUGGGGUCCCUGACGAGCAGACGACCAUGACUGGCAAUGUUGUAAGCCUCUUUGUAAGCCCCAUGAAA